UGUCUGAACUCCAUCUUUCUGUCUCUAUGUGAUUGUUAGCAGGUGUUUAACAGACCCGGAUGUAAGAUAGACACACGUUAGCUCCUCAGAUGCUAACAGUAGCUUCAAAGCUCCUCUGUAUGUAGUUAGCAUCUCUCCCGCUAGCUGUUAGCAUCUACAGUGAAGGAUCCUCUUGUUACCGUGGAGACCGCUGGGACCACACUGAGGGUUGCCAUGGCGAACAGGACCGAGCCAAAAGCCUCGGACCCAACCUCGUGUCCCGAGGAAGAGCCGACGAAGCCCGGCCCCCGCUGCGCCCUUCGCCGCGCCGCUGGCGUCACCGCCGCAGCAAGUGGGCGGGGCCAGAGAGGAAAGAGACGGGGCCAGAAGAAGAAGGGGCGGGGUCAGAAGGCGAAGGGGCGGGGCCAGGAGGAGAAGCAGGAAGGCGUGACGGUCAAGCGGACGUGCAGCGGCGAGAAGAGGCGAUGGGAUAAGAAGCAUUACUGCGUGUUCUGCCGGCGGCCGCAGGUGAAGAUCGCUCGCCACCUGCUGAGGAAACACGCCGACCAACAGGAAGUGGCGGCCGCCAGCGCGCUGCCCACGGGCUCCAAACAGCGCCACCUGCUGCUGGAACAUCUCCGCUGCCGAGGAAACUACAUGCACAACAUCGAGGUGAUCAGACAAGGCAGUGGAGAGAUCGUCCCGUGGCGUCAGCCCUCAGAGGAAAUGGAUGCGAGGAACUACCUUCCCUGCCCGCUCUGCCUCGGUUUCUUCCUCCGCGCUGAUCUCUGGAAACAUCAGGCUUCCUGCCGCAAGAAGCUGACCCCUGCCCCCUCAAGGGACCCCACCUCCACCACUGCCCCCUCAAGGGACCCCACCUCCACAGCAGACACAACCACUGCCCCCUCAAGAGACCCCACCUCCACAGCAGACACAAUGUCUGACCCCACAGGUAAGUCGGCCUGUGAUCCAGCAGACAACGGGGCCACAGAGGAUGCACCUUCCGACCCCUUGGGAGAAACGACCACAGCACACCAGACCGGGACCAAGCGUCCCGUGACCUCUGACCCCAGGGUGGAUCAGGACGUGACCUGUGACCCCGGCAGGGCAGAGCUGCCCAGGAAGCGCAGCAGGGUCCAGGCUGCAGCGUCCCGCCUCCUUCCCAUUUCCAGCGGCGCGUCUGAGAGCUGCAGCGAAGUCCUGCAUCGCAUGAACCAGGACCACGUCUCACACCAGGUCAAAUCUGAUUGGCUGAUCUGUAAAUACGGAAACAAGUUGAUGGGGAACCAAGAUGGCAGCCAGAGGAGGUACGACUACGUCAGUCAGAAGCUGCGGGAGCUCGGCCGGUUCGUCCUCGCUGCUAAAUCUCUGGACUCUGGCGUUCGGACCCUUCAGGACCUUCUGGCUCCAGGCCGCCUCAGCCUGGUGCUGGCCGCUGCCAGAAAAGCUUCUGUAUACCGCUGGAGUCGCCCUCCGCUGGCCGUGAAGACCACGCUGAAGACGGUUUGUGAGAUAGCCAUCGGAGAGCGCCUGCAGGACGGAGACUGGGAGGCUGCAGCCAAGACCACCGACUUCUACCACCUGCUGGGGAGGGAUUGGGACAAACUGGGGCUGCUGGACCCCGACCGCCACACAGCCGCUUCAGUAGAAGAAGCUAAGCUGAAGAAACGAUCGGUCCAAUCAAUAAGUGAGAAGUGUAAAGAUCCGUCUGACCCAAGACCAAAGGUUCCAGUACAGAGCAGUAACCGACCGCUGACCUCCAUGAUUCAAAUAGAGUCCAGACUGCAGACUCCGAUCACAGUCCCUGUUGCUCCGAGGAAGGUCCAACGUCGGCCCUGGUCGUCUGCAGAGAAGGAGGCAGUCUGGAGACAGUUGGGAGUCCACGUUCUGGUCCAGUCGGUGCCAGGGAAGGAGAUCUGUCAGCGCUGUCUGGACCUGGAGCCGGUCCUCAGAGGGCGACACUGGAAGGACAUCAAGAACCAGGUCCACAACCAGAUCCAGAGCCAAAAGAAGCAGCAGUUCCACGCCCAGAUGGACCUUCAGGACAACCAGGAACAACAAGAGCCAAUCCAAAAUCGCAAGAAGCAGUACCAGGCUCAGGUAGACAAACAAGGCACGGACCACAACCAGAAGAAUACCCAGAUGGACCUCCAGGACCUUGACAACAUUCAGAAUCAGAAGAAACAGCAGUACCAUACCCAGAUGGACCUCCAGGACCUUGACAACAUUCAGAAUCUCAAGAAACAGCAGUACCAUACCCAGAUGGACCUCCAGGACCAGGACAACAUUCAGAAUCAGAAGAAACAGCAGUACCAUACCCAGAUGGACCUCCAGGACCAGGACAACAUUCAGAAUCAGAAAAAGCAGCAGUACCAUACCCAGAUGGACCUCCAGGAUCAGGACAACAUUCAGAAUCAGAAGAAACAGCAGUACCAUACCCAGAUGGACCUCCAGGACCAGGACAACAUUCAGAAUCAGAAGAAACAGCAGUACCAUACCCAGAUGGACCUCCAGGACCAGGACAACAUUCAGAAUCAGAAGAAACAGCAGUACCAUACCCAGAUGGACCUCCAGGAUCAGGACAACAUUCAGAAUCAGAAGAAACAGCAGUACCAUACCCAGAUGGAUCUUGAUAUUCACAAAAAGCAGCUGUGCCAUUCGAGAAUAGCUCACCAGGACCAAAUUCAGAACCAUAAAAAGCAGCUGUAUCCAAUGGGCGAGCAUCGGGACACUUCUGUACUGACGGGUCCACAUUAUGGUUCUGAGGGGCCACAUCGAGCCCCUGGACAGUCCCUACUGGAGCGGGAGCCCGGUCUCAGUCCAUACCAACUCCCACACAGGACUCUGGGGCCUCACAUGGACCAGCUGCUGUCCAGAACAGAGUGGACUGACGAGUCUUUGGCCCAACAUUACUCAGUCAGCAGGCAGCUGGACAGGAACCUGCCGCCCAAUCCCCACUCUGGACACGUCCACUUCUGAUGGAUGGUACU